AUGGCUGGCGGGAUUAAGGAAAAGAUUAAGAAGCGUGAGCGUAUUUUUGCUGUUUUGCGCCGGCAUUUACAAUUUUUGGCAACAUAUGACCCAGCGGUUAAUCAAGGGCAAGUUCAAUCACGCUUGGACAAAUUGGAGGCUACUUGGGAUGAUUUCCAUGAGCUACAGGAGGAAAUUUAUGAAUUGGAUGGAAAAGGGGAAUACGAGCAGGAGGCAAACAACGCGUAUGCUGAAUUUGAGACGCAGUAUUAUGAACUUCGGGCCUCUUAUUUGGAAAAAUUGGCUCCUCCUGCGCCGAUACCAAACAUGGACAAUUCGAUACGGAACAAUAGUGCUUUGGGAUUACAUACUGGGGUGCGACUGCCGCAGAUUUCAUUGCCUGAGUUUGAUGGAGACUUUAAGGGGUGGUUGUCUUUCAAGUCAACGUUUGUGUCGCUGAUUCAUGAUUCCAAUGAACUCAGUGAUGUUCAGAAAUUUCAUUACUUGAAAUCUGCAUUGAAGGGUGAAGCGGCGAAAUUAAUUGAGUCACUCACCAUUACCAACGAUAACUACGUCAUAGCAUGGGAGACUAUCACCAAGCGAUACUCGAACGAGUACUUACUCAAAAAGCGACAUCUUCAGGCAUUGAUGGAAUUUCCGAAGAUUGAUAGGGAGUCGGCCUCGCGGAUUCAUGAGUUGGUCGAUGAAUUUGAUCAGCGACUGAAAAUUUUGAAGCAGCUUGGUGAAAAGACGGAGCACUGGGGAGCAAUGAUUGUCCACUGGAUGUGUUCAAAGCUGUGGGAGGAUCAUGCGGCCAGUGUUGUGGAAUUUCUGGAGAAGCGAACACGAGUUUUGGAAGCUGUACAGUCUAACUCAAGCAAGGUCAGUAGUGUACAACCCAAGGUACAGAGUAAGCGUGAGCGAUUGACGGUACAUGCUUCCAUGGAGAGCGGAAGAAGUGAUCCAACGUGUCAAUGCUGUGGCGAGCUACAUUUUCUGGUUCGAUGUGCUAAGUUCCAAAGUUUCGGGUUGAAGGAGAAACUCGAUUUUGUCAACAGUAAGCGGUUGUGCAGCAACUGCUUCAAAACUGGUCACUGGGUGCGUGACUGCAAUUCCAAAUUCAGCUGCAGAUCAUGCGGGAAAAGGCACAACUCUCUCAUUCAUCCUGGGUUUCAAGCUAGCAGCGGGGGAAGCAACAACAACCAAACAGAGAGCAGUAGUUCAGCAGGCAGUUCUGGGAGGAAGGAUAACGUUGCCAAAGCACACGUUGCAGCGGAAAUAGCGGAAGAAGAUCAAGAUGAAGCUGAGGAUGGGAUGACUGCUGGAUCAUACAGCGUUGGGGCGAAGCAGGGAAUCUCUAGUGCUAGUGUAUUUCUCUCCACAGUGGUCGUAGUGGUACGAGGCCACAAUGGUGGCAAGCAGCUAGCUCGUGCACUACUGGAUAGCGGUUCGCAAGUGAAUGUGAUGAGUGAACGAAUGUGCCAAAUGCUUAAACUGAAACGGCGAACAAUAUGCGUUCCCAUAACAGGAGUUGGUCAAGCCGAAACGAUGGCGAAGCAUGCAGUCAAGACAACGAUCACUUCCAGAGUCACGGAUUUUUCUGUCGGGUUGGACUUCGUUAUAUUGCCGCGGGUAACUUCUGAACUACCAUCAGUAACUGUUCCUGUUUCUCAUUGGAAAAUUCCUAGUCAUAUUCAGCUGGCGGAUCCUCAGUUCAACACGAGCGGUUGCAUUGAUUUGUUACUUGGGGCCGAGCAUUUCUUUAGUUUUCUAUACGAACGGGAAAUGAAACGGAUUAAUUUGGGCCCGCAACUACCCAUUCUGGUGGACUCGGUGUUUGGAUGGAUAGUUUCUGGAAGAGAUGCUAGUUUACAGCAAAGAAAACCUGUACGAUGUUGCACAGUGACCGCUACGGGCAAGCUGGAAGAACUCCUUGAAAAUUUCUGGAAAAUAGAGAGCUGUAGUGAUCAACCGGCUUGGUCAAAGGAGGAGUUUGAUUGCGAGGAGGAUUUCAAGCGCACUCAUUCAAGAGCAGAUAAUGGUCGGUACAUAGUUCAGCUACCGAAGCAUCCCAAUUUCGAUAAAAUGCUGGGAGCCUCGAAAACGGUAGCUUUCACCAGGUACCAGAAGCUAGAAUAUCGGUUGGAAAGAAACCCAGAAAUGAAGGAGCAAUACAGCGCUUUCAUGAAGGAAUACCUGGACAUGGGUCAUAUGCGGAGGUUAUCCGAGGAGGAAGUACAUGAGGAGGCUAAUGGAAGGGAUAAAAGGAUAUUACGGAAGGUUUUCUACUUGCCACAUCAUGCAGUACUAAAAGAGUCCAGUAUAACUACGAAGGUGCGUGUUGUUUUCGACGCUUCGGCGUGCUCCGACAGCGGUUAUUCUCUCAACGAUGUCUUGUUAAAAGGACCAGUAAUUCAAGACAAUCUUCUCAACAUGCUUAUUCGCUUCCGCAAAUAUGAAGUAGCUCUUGUGGGCGACGUAGAAAAAAUGUAUAGGCAAGUACUUCAUGACGUCGACGACACUAUCCGCCUCAGAAUCUUCUUUCGAUUCACAAACGAUGAACCAAUUGGUGUGUACGAGUUGCUUACAGUGACUUACGGAUUGAAACCGUCUUCAUUCUUGGCAACGCGCGCUUUGCAGCAGUUAGCGGUAGACGAAGGUUCAUCGGAUUCCCAAGCAUGCCUAGCUUUGAAGAACGAUUUUUACGUGGACGAUUAUAUAGGAGGUGCAACGAGCAUUAUCAAGGCAAUUGAACUACGUAAAGAUUUAUCGUCGUUGAUGAGUAAAGGAGGCUUUCCGGUUCUGAUAACUGCAAAAAUUAUUAUGCAGCAGUUAGCUCUGCUGCAAUCUGGAUGGGAUUCACCGAUUCCAAUACAAUUAGAGCGGAAAUGGGAAGAUUUUUAUAGCUGUUUACCUAUGUUGAUGCAAUUCAGCAUUCCAAGAUUCGCCUUUGUUAACGACUACGUAGAUGUCCAGCUGCAUUGCUUCGCGGACGCUUCGGAUCUUGCCUAUGGAGCAUGCUUAUAUGUUCGCUCUGUGGAUGAACACGGAAACGUGCGUACAGAAUUACUUUCAUCGAAAUCUCGAGUCGCGCCGCUGAAAAGACUGUCCAUUCCGAGGCUGGAAUUGUGCGCAGCAAGAGAAGCUGCUCUCCUAUACCAUACUGUGGUACAAGCCCUCUCGUUGGAUACGUUCCAAGCAUAUUUCUGGUCGGAUUCAACCGUCGUGUUACAUUGGUUGAAGGCACCUCCGAAUACAUGGAAAACUUUUAUCGCAAAUCGCGUUUCCACCAUACAGACGACAACAUACGGGCAUACAUGGCAGCAUGUGACAGGCAAAGAAAAUCCCGCUGAUUUUGUUUCCCGAGGGUUGUCUGUCGACGAUUUAAUGAAAUGUAACCUUUGGAGAUAUGGACCUUCAUGGUUGAAGGAAGCGCCGUCAAAAUGGAUGGAAAGUGAAUCUACCGAGCUCAUCCCAACAGCAACGGACCUUGAACCCCGCGUUUUAGUUCGAGCUAGUGCCGCAACUGUGAAACCGAACGACAUAUUCUCUCUUCGAUCGUCUUUUCUACCUCUCAUCAGAUUGGUAGCACACUGCUUGCGUUUUUUGGUCAACUGUAGACGACCAAAUGAACGGAACACAUCCGUAUUCCUGACCGCCAGCGAUAUUAACGCCGCCAAGAUGAAACUGAUCUGCAUAGUUCAAGAGGAAUGCUUCUCAGAGGAUAUUAGGUCAUUGAAAAAGAUGCAUCGAGUACCUUCGAAAUCACCGUUGAAACUUUUGUGUCCAUUCAUCGACAAGGAUGAAAUAAUCAGAGUAGGUGGUCGUCUACGUUACUCUCUAGAAGAUUACAUUACCAGACAUCCGGCUGUUCUUCCCCAGUCUCAUGUCCUCACUAAAAUGAUCAUUGAUUAUCAUCAUCAGCAGGUGCAUCAUGGUGGACAACAAGCCACUCUUGCAUCAGUGAGACAAGAGUUUUGGCCGAUUCACGGUAAAAGAGCAGUCACUUCCGUUCUUCGAAAAUGCCAUCGCUGUUUCCGAUUCAACCCGAAGCCAAUUCAGCAGCCAAUGGGUCAGUUGCCCUCCACGAGAGUACGCCCGGCUAGACCAUUUCUUAUUACCGGCGUGGACUACUGUGGCCCCUUUUAUUUGAAACCUCCUCAUCGACGAGCAGCCCCACCAAAGGCUUACAUCGCGGUGUUCGUAUGUUUCUCCACGAAGGCAAUUCACCUGGAGCUCGUUAUGGACCUUUCUACGGCUGGUUUUAUUGCUGCACUCCGAAGGUUCAUUGGGCAUCAUGGAAUCCCUAACGAGAUACACUCCGAUAAUGCCACCAACUUUCAAGGUGCGAAACAUGAAUUGUAUGAAUUAUACAACUGCUUGACUAGCAAAACGGGUCAACAGGCUGUGGAAUCGGAACUUUCAGAGCAAGGAAUUUCAUGGCAUUUUAUCCCACCCCGUGCACCCAACUUUGGAGGACUUUGGGAAGCCGCAGUCCGCUCCGCUAAGACAGCCCUGAAAAAGGAAGUCGGUGCCAUCCAACUUACACAUGAAAGUUUCUCAACCCUGCUCGUACAAAUUACAGCUGCCCUAAAUUCACGACCUCUAGCCCCAUUAACAGAUGACCCUGCCGAUAUCAGUGCUCUCACACCAGCCCAUUUUUUGAUCGGCUCUCCCAUGAAUGCUCUCCCCGAUCCUGACCUUACGGCCAUACCCUCGAACCGCCUGACCCACUAUCAGCAACGACAGCAGAUGUUCCAACGGUACUGGCAGCGUUGGAGUCAAGAAUAUCUUACUGGACUUCAGACAGCGAGCAAGAAUGUUCAAGUCAGCCCCAUCCGCAUCGGUAGCGUCGUAAUACUUCGAGAGGACAACAUACCUCCUCUUCAAUGGCCCUUAGCGAGAAUAGUCGAGGUACACCCUGGAGCCGAUGGAGUGGUGCGAGUGGUUACGGUUUACACAUCUAAGGGUACAUAUAAGCGUCAAGUCAACAGAAUUUGUCCUUUACCCAACGAAGAAGAAACGUUUUAG